AUGCAGAAUACUGACGAGUACGCUUUGUUAACAUUGUGCAAACAUUAUUGUUUUGGCACCUGGGAACACUUAAGAAAAGGAAAGCUGAUCAUCAUCGCGAACAACUGCCCUCCACUUAGGAAGUCUGAGAUUGAGUACUAUGCUAUGCUGGCCAAAGUUAGCGUGCACCAUUUCCAUGGAAACAACGUUUAUCUUGGCACUGCCUGCGGCAAGUACUACAGGGUGUGCUGCCUCAGUAUCAUCGACCCAGGUGACUCAGACAUCAUCAGCACCACCCCUGGCACCCAGUGA